GCUUUCCUCAAAAGCAUUUCUGUUUCUCGUCGUCGGAGCCCGACGACAGAUCUCUGAAUCGCUGGAGAAACAUAAUGAUUGAGUUUGGCCUCUAUCUGUGAAGGGUAUAUGCUCUGGCUUUAUCUACCUUAAAUUCUGCCAGGAAGAUUGUGAGCAUUGAAGUGCCUUGCGCUCUGGCUGAAGAUUUGAGCUGAUUAAAUGGGUCGCCUAAAGUUGCAUUCUGGAAUCAAGGCCAUUGAGGAAGAGCCUGAGGACUUUGAGAGUACUGAUUCAAGUAAUACAACCACUUUAGCAUGCAUGAUUGAUACGGAAAUUGCUGCUGUUUUAGCGGUUAUGAGAAGAAAUGUUAGAUGGGGAGGUCGAUACAUGUCUGGUGAUGAUCAACUAGAACACUCGUUGAUUCAGUCACUUAAAGCUCUUAGAAAACAGGUGUUCUCAUGGAACCAGCCAUGGCAUACGAUUAGUCCCAUGUUGUAUCUUCAGCCCUUUCUUGAUGUGAUACGGUCGGAUGAAACUGGAGCACCGAUAACCAGCAUUGCUUUGUCAUCAGUUUACAAGAUCUUAAAUCUGAAUGUAAUUGAUCAAAAUACUGCAAAUAUUGAAGACGCUAUGCACUUGGUAGUUGAUUCUGUGACAAGCUGUCGAUUUGAGGUGACAGAUCCUGCAUCAGAAGAGGUUGUGCUAAUGAAGAUACUUCAGGUUCUUCUAGCAUGCAUGAAAAAUAAAGCAUCAGUUAUGCUAAGCAAUCAGCAUGUAUGCACUGUCGUCAACACUUGUUUUCGUGUUGUCCACCAAGCAGGAAUGAAAGGUGAGUUACUGCAACGUGUAGCUCGCCACACGAUGCAUGAACUAGUGAGGUGUAUCUUCUCGCAUCUCCCAGAUGUUGACAGAACAGAAAGUACACUUGUCAACAGAGCUGGAAGCAUCAAACAAGAGAAAGCUGGAGUAGACAGUGAUUAUGCCAUUGUGAGUAAACCAGUCGAGGAUGGAAAUGCUAAUUCCGAGUAUGAUAAUGAAAAUUCUGUGGCAACUUUUGCAACUGGUGCUCAAAGUUUGAUGGAUGAUGGACUCGUUGGCCCUGGAAGCAGAAAGCCGGCGUCUCCAUAUGAUUUGCAUAUAAUGACAGAGCCAUACGGAGUCCCAAGUAUGGUGGAAAUAUUUCACUUCUUGUGCUCUUUGUUAAAUGUGGUCGAACAUGUUGGGAUGGGAUCCCGAUCAAACACCAUAGCAUUUGAUGAAGAUGUGCCUCUGUUUGCAUUGAACUUGAUCAACUCAGCCAUUGAAUUGGGUGGAUCGUCCAUCCGCCAUCACCCAAGAUUGUUGAGCUUAAUUCAAGAUGAGUUAUUUCGUAACUUGAUGCAAUUCGGAUUGUCAAUGAGCCCCCUUAUUCUUUCGAUGGUUUGCAGCAUUGUGCUCAAUUUGUAUCAACAUCUACGUACUGAACUCAAACUGCAGCUUGAGGCAUUCUUUUCAUGUGUGAUUCUAAGGCUUGCUCAAGGAAAAUAUGGGCCCUCGUAUCAGCAGCAAGAGGUUGCUAUGGAGGCUCUUGUGAACUUUUGUAGGCAGAAGAGUUUUAUGGUGGAAAUGUAUGCCAAUCUCGAUUGUGAUAUAACUUGCAGCAACGUGUUUGAGGAGCUGUCUAACCUUCUAUCGAAGAGCACAUUUCCUGUGAACUGUCCUUUGUCCGCAAUGCACAUUCUUGCUCUGGAUGGCCUAAUCGCUGUUAUUCAGGGAAUGGCCGAGAGGAUAAGUAAUGGAUUGACUGGUCUGGACUUGGGUCCUGUCCAUCUUGAUGAGUACACACCUUUCUGGAUGGUUAAGUGUGACAACUAUAGUGAUCCAAAUCACUGGGUUUCAUUUGUCCGCAGGAGAAAAUAUAUCAAGAGAAGGUUAAUGAUUGGAGCAGAUCAUUUUAACAGGGAUCCAAAGAAGGGGUUAGAGUUUCUCCAAGGCACACACCUUUUGCCUGACAAACUUGAUCCCCAAAGUGUAGCUUGCUUUUUCAGAUAUACUGCUGGGCUUGAUAAGAACCUUGUUGGGGAUUUUCUUGGAAAUCAUGACGAAUUUUGUGUUCAAGUUCUCAAUGAGUUUGCUGGGACUUUUGAUUUCCAGUACAUGAAUCUGGAUACUGCACUCCGACUCUUCUUGGAAACCUUUAGGUUGCCUGGAGAAUCACAGAAAAUACAGAGGGUGCUUGAGGCGUUCUCUGAAAGAUACUAUAUGCAAUCUCCUGAGAUUCUGGCCAAUAAGGAUGCUGCUCUUGUGUUAUCAUACUCUAUUAUCAUGCUUAACACUGAUCAGCACAACGUUCAAGUAAAGAAAAAGAUGACAGAAGAGGAUUUCAUUCGCAAUAAUAGGCAUAUCAAUGGAGGAAAUGACCUACCUCGAGAAUUUUUGUCUGAACUCUUUCACUCCAUCUGCAACAAUGAGAUCAGGACUACUCCAGAACAAGGUGCAGGCUUUCCUGAAAUGACUCCCAGCCGUUGGAUUGAUUUGAUGCAUAAAUCAAAGAAAACUGCUCCAUAUAUUAUGGCUGAUUCAAGGGCUUAUCUUGACCAUGAUAUGUUUGCUAUCAUGUCUGGUCCAACCAUUGCUGCCAUAUCUGUCGUUUUUGACCAUGCAGAACAUGAAGACGUUUAUCAGACAUGCAUUGAUGGAUUCUUGGCUAUUGCUAAAAUUUCUGCCUGCCAUCAUCUUGAAGAUGUGCUUGAUGAUCUGGUUGUAUCUCUCUGCAAAUUCACAACUCUGUUGAAUCCAUCAUCUGUUGAUGAACCGGUUCUUGCAUUCGGUGACGACGCAAAAGCAAGAAUGGCUACUAUCACUAUUUUUACCAUUGCAAACAAAUAUGGAGAUUAUAUACGUACGGGUUGGAGGAACAUAUUGGACUGUAUCUUACGGCUACAUAAACUUGGACUUCUGCCAGCUCGUGUAGCCAGUGAUGCAGCUGAUGAAUCUGAACUUUCAUCUGAGCAAGGACAAGGAAAGCCCCUUGCGAAUUCCCUAUCUUCAGCUCAUCUACAGUCAAUGGGAACUCCAAGGAGAUCUUCCGGAUUGAUGGGAAGGUUUAGUCAGCUUCUUUCCCUUGAUACAGAAGAGCCAAGAUCACAGCCUACUGAACAACAGCUUGCAGCUCAUCAACGAACACUUCAAACAAUUCAGAAAUGUCACAUUGACAGCAUAUUUACCGAAAGCAAGUUUCUACAAGCUGAAUCUUUGCUGCAGCUUGCACGUGCUCUCAUUUGGGCUGCAGGUAGGCCACAAAAAGGAACCAGUUCUCCAGAGGAUGAGGAUACUGCAGUUUUUUGUCUGGAAUUGCUUAUUGCAAUCACUCUGAACAACAGAGACAGGAUCGUUCUCCUAUGGCAAGGCGUCUAUGAACAUAUAGCUACAAUUGCUCAGUCAACGGUGAUGCCCUGCAACUUAGUGGAUAAAGCUAUUUUUGGUCUACUUCGGAUCUGCCAGAGACUACUUCCUUAUAAAGAAAGCCUAGCUGAUGAGCUUUUGAGAUCUCUUCAGCUUGUGCUGAAACUGGAUGCACGAGUUGCUGAUGCCUAUUGUGAGCAAAUUGCAAUUGAAGUCAGCCGUCUUGUGAAAGCCAAUGCUAAUCACAUCAGGUCUCAGGCGGGUUGGAGAACAAUCACAUCCUUACUCUCCAUCACAGCGAGGCACCCAGAAGCUUCUGAAGCAGGAUUUAAUGCUGUAUCCUUUGUUAUGUCGGAAGGAACUCACCUGUAUCCAGCCAAUUAUGUACUCUGUGUUGAUGCUGCAAGACAGUUUGCUGAAUCCCGCGUGGGACAGUCCGAACGGUCUAUCCGUGCACUUGAUCUAAUGGGAGAUUCAUUAGAAUAUUUGGCUAAAUGGGCUCUCUCAGCUAAGGAAAACAUGGGAGAAGAAGAUUUCGGGAAGAUGUCACAAGAUAUUGGGGAAAUGUGGUUAAGGCUUGUUCAAGGACUAAGAAAAGUGUGUUUAGACCAGAGAGAGGAUGUCCGAAACCACGCGUUACAUUCAUUACAGAAGUGUUUAGGCGGAGUAGACGGGAUCAACCUAGCUCAUAGCAUGUGGUCUCAAUGCUUUGACAAGGUAAUCUUCACGGUUUUAGAUGACUUACUUGAGAUAGCUGGUGGGUCACAGAAAGACUACCGAAACAUGGAAGGCACAUUGCUUCUCGCAAUCAAACUUCUCUCCAAAGUGUUUCUCCAGCAACUCCAAGAGCUGUCUCAGUUAUCAACCUUCUGCAAGCUAUGGCUCGGUGUUCUAACCCGAAUGGAGAAAUACAUGAAAGUGAAAGUAAGGGGCAAAAAAAGCGACAAGCUUCAAGAAUCAGUGCCAGAGCUUCUAAAGAACAUAUUGCUCGUAAUGAAAACGAAAGGCGUGCUUUUGCAAAGAAGUGCUCUUGGUGGAGAUAGCUUAUGGGAACUAACAUGGCUUCAUGUAAACAACAUUGCUCCUUCUAUGCGACUCGAGCUAUUCCCUGAUGCAGAAUCCUCACAGCUUGGUGAUGAUGAAACUGUAUCGAAUGGCUUAUCAUCUCCUGAAGCUGGAGCAAACACAACUGGUUCGUGACGUUAUAAGUGAGAUCAUUAGGUGAGUUUCUUUUGAAAAUCCAUACAAGUACUGUGAAAGUGAAAAGCUUGUUAUGUAACACCUCUCUACGUUUUUUUUGUAAUAUAUAAGUGUUUCUAAU